AUGAAUCAACUCCGCUUGGGCCAGUGCCUGGGCACGGUCUCGUCGGCGACCUUCAGGCGAAGUCAUAACGAGAGCGUGAUCCACCGCCUUGGUCAUCGCAAAACCGUCACUUUCGCGUGGGCGAGCACCACGCAGCCGGAAUCACAGCAGCAGCAGCAGGAUGAUGCCGGACCGGCGGCAGGCGCCGGAGGGGGAUUGCUGCCGGCUUACGUCGCCCAUCAAGCCGGCGUGAACUGCCUCGCCAUCGACGGCAACGAGGGCCGCUAUCUCUUUUCAGGAGGCGCCGAUUCUUCCGUCCGGCUGUGGGAUCUCGAGGAGCAUCAAUUGUCGUCGUCGUCUCUGUCAGCCUCAUCGAGUUCGUCGAUAUUGACGAAAUACACCCCCAAGGCAACACUGUCGAAGAGCACUGUCGACUCCCAUACUCACGCUCUCACCUCGAUCUCAAUCUACCCAUUCGACCCGACUCCCUCGACCCUUCUCACAACCUCCUAUGACAAAACCCUCAAGGUCACGUCGAUAACUCCGUCCGCUCUGACCCCGGUCCACACCUUCUCCCUGGAUUUUCUGCCUUACACCCACUGUCUCUCUCCACUGCCGGAUUCGUCGCCCUUGGUCGCUGUUGGAACAGCUCAUCCGGCCAUUCGCCUCCUCGAUCUCCGCUCGGGCUUGUCGACACACUCUCUCGCCGGCCCCAACGGCGCCGUCUACAGCGUCUGCUGGUCCCCGAAGCAAUCGCACAUCCUCGCCUCGGGCUCCACCGACGGGCGCGUCCUCUUCUACGACAUCCGCCGGGCGAACGCCGCAUUUGCGUCCCUGGACCUCGACGACGCGGUCGGCGUGAUCGGCGAAUCCCCCUCCACCGGCGCAGGAGCCCGUCGCGAGUUGUUGGAUUUCAAUGCCGUCGCGCACAACGGACCGGUGACCAGCGUGCAGUGGUCGCCGAUGGGCGAUAAGAUCAUCACCACGGGCCACGACCAACGCAUCCGGGUCUGGGACGCCGCGUCGGGCCGCAACGACCUGGUGCACUAUGGCCCGAGGAUCCGAAACGAGAGGCAAGGCGAGCUGCGACCCUUGAUUUCGCCACGGGGGUAUCACCACGCCGGGAAGGAGAUGUUGUGGUGGGCGAACGACGACGGGCGGGGCAUGGUGUUCCAGCACCACUUGCGAGAGGGGGAGCUGGUGCGGAUCCUGAAGACGGAAGGGAUCAGGGUGUCGGACGUGCAGCGUGCGAGUGCGAAGAAGGGCAGCAGCAAGCAUCGAGGUCCGGGCGGUGUGGGCACGACCAGCGGCAACGUCGCGAGGUUGACCAGUGGCGGACGAAUCAACGCCAUGGUGUGGCGGCUCAAUGCCCCCGUUGGGGAAGCAGUCGAGAUGUACACGGCCCACGGGGACGGGCGGAUCUGUGCCUGGACGGGCCCUGAAUCCGCAGAGGAAGAGGACGACCCUGACGAAGGCUCUACUACUACCACCAACACCAGGGCAGGGCCAGGCCAUGGCGAGAUCGCCCCGGUACUGGACGAGGCCGAACAGAGGAAGAAACGCAAGCGAGAUCUGGUGGAGGAUCUGAUAUCAGGCUUGACAAAGAAGCCCAUCACCUUCUCCUGA